AUGUCUUUUUAUUCCAAGCAGGACUGUGAUAUGGAUUUAGAGCUCCAGGACUUUUAUAACAAGACACUUGCCACUGAGAACAGUACUGGGGCCCCUCGGAGCUCUGAUUUCCCAGUGUGGGAUGACUAUAAAAGCAGUGUAGAUGACCUGCAGUAUUUUCUGAUUGGACUUUAUACAUUUGUAAGUCUUCUUGGUUUCAUGGGGAAUCUCCUUAUUUUAAUGGCACUCAUGAGGAAGCGUAACCAGAAGACUACAGUAAACUUCCUCAUAGGAAAUUUGGCCUUCUCUGAUAUCUUGGUUGUGUUGUUUUGCUCACCUUUCACACUGACCUCCGUCUUGCUGGAUCAGUGGAUGUUUGGCAAAGUCAUGUGUCAUAUUAUGCCUUUUCUUCAGUGUGUUUCAGUUCUGGUCUCAACUUUAAUUUUAAUAUCAAUUGCCAUUGUCAGGUAUCAUAUGAUAAAACAUCCUAUAUCUAAUAAUUUAACGGCAAACCAUGGCUACUUCUUGAUAGCUACUGUCUGGACGCUAGGUUUUGCGAUUUGUUCCCCUCUUCCAGUGUUUCACAGUCUGGUGGAACUGCAGGAAACAUUUGGCUCAACAUUGAUGAGCAGCAGGUAUUUAUGCGUUGAGUCGUGGCCAUCCGAUUCAUACAGAAUUGCUUUUACCAUCUCUUUAUUGCUAGUUCAGUAUAUUCUGCCCUUGGUGUGUCUAACCAUAAGUCAUACCAGUGUCUGCAGGAGUAUAAGCUGUGGGUUGUCCAACCAAGAAAGCAAACUAGAAGAAAAUGAGAUGAUCAACUUAACUCUUCAUCCAUUCAAAAAGAGUGGGCCUCAGGGGAAACUUUCCAGCAGCCAGAAAUGGAGCUAUUCAUUCAUCAGAAAACACAGAAGAAGAUACAGCAAGAAGACAGCGUGCGUGUUACCUGCUCCAGCAAGACCUUCUCAAGAGAACCACCAUUCAAGAAUGCUUCCAGAAAACUUUGGGUCUGUAAAAAGUCAGCUCUCAUCAUCCAGUAAGUUCAUACCAGGAGUCCCCACCUGCUUUGAGAUGAAACCUGAAGAAAACUCAGACGUUCAUGAAAUGAGAGUAAACCGUUCGAUCAUGAGGAUAAAAAAGAGAUCUCGAAGUGUUUUUUAUAGACUAACCAUAUUGAUAUUGGUGUUUGCUGUUAGCUGGAUGCCACUACACCUUUUCCAUGUGGUAACUGAUUUUAAUGAUAACCUUAUUUCAAAUAGGCAUUUCAAGUUGGUGUAUUGCAUCUGUCAUUUGUUAGGCAUGAUGUCUUGUUGUCUGAAUCCUAUUCUGUAUGGAUUUCUUAAUAAUGGGAUCAAAGCUGAUUUAAUUUCCCUUAUACAGUGUCUUCAUAUGUCAUAAUCCCAAAUGUUUAUCAAGGAAAGAACAAAUGUUGGGAUGGUCUAAAACACAUUCACAAUAACUAUUUAUGUAUAGUAAACACGUUUUAGUAACAUGAAAUUCAAUUUAUGUAUAAGAGUUCUGGAUUUGAAUGUCAAUUCAUAAUAUAUGGAAGAUAAUUUUCAUGUGUUAUAUAUAAUAUGAUGAGUUCAUUUAGUUACAUAAAGUCAAUGUCAGUACACUCUGUAAUUUCAUUUUAAAUAUGGG